UUUAAGAAAUUCCGACAGUUUGCUUUAAAUCGUCGAUUAAGAAACAAGUUGCAUAGUGCCUUUCAAGUUAAGCGAUUUUUUGUGUUUCCGAAUAAAAUGAAGUACAUUUUGCUGUUAUUACUGGUGUUUAAGUUUUACACAACAACCGAAACAUUGGAUUUGUCCGAUGUGGGGAAAUCAGCGGUUGAUGUGGCCAAAGGUGUCAUUGAUAAAAUUCCGGAUUCCAUUCCAAAGCCAGAGGAUUUAUUUCAAGCUGGCAAAAAUCUCAUAGCCGGCUAUCCAUUCCAACAAGUUUUCUCGGCUAUCAACACAUUUUGUUCGGCAGCGCUGUCGGCCAAAAGUGUACAACCACGUUCGAUGCCAAAUAUUGGGAACAUGAGCUAUGUUCUGAAAACGAAAAAUAAAAACAUUUCCGUACCGCUGGAUUCACCGGAAGAACUAUGGAAACUGAAGGAAUUCAACCCAAAACUGCCACUCGUGAUGGUUAUAACGGGAUGGACAACGAACUUUAACGAUACCGAGAAUCCCACACUUGAUAAAAUUUACGACGCAUAUCGGUGCCGAGGAAAUGUUAACUUUGUGACUGUUGACACAGCUGGGUUCGUUGAUACGUUGUAUAGUUGGUCGGCCUUUAACACUGAGGAAAUCGGAAAUGUUAUUGCUAAUUCGUUGAAACAUUUGAUACUGACUUAUCCCAUUGAAAAAAUACACCUUAUCGGCCACAGUCUUGGAGCUCAUAUUGCUGGUUCGGCUGGUAGAAAUUUGAAUUACAAAACGAACAAGCUCAUUCCUCGAAUAACUGGUUUAGAUCCGGCAAAUCCAUGCUUCAAUCCCGGUGAAAAUUUGACGGGUUUAGCUCGAGGCGAUGCCGAUUUUGUCGAUGUAAUACACACAAAUGCAGGCGCUUUGGGUAGACGGGAUCCUCUAGGUGACAUUGACUUCUUUCCGAAUGGUGUUCAACCACUUCCACCGGGUUGUUUGUCAAUCAGUUGCGCGCAUCAAAGAGCACCAGAGUUCUAUGCUGAGUCAGUAUACCCCGGUAAUGAAUUCAACUUUAUGGCAGUCAAAUGUGGAUCAUUAUCCGCAUUAAAUGGAAAAUAUUGUCCAGGAAAGCCGAUUCCAAUGGGCUACGCAACUCCGUUGAAUAUAAAAGGAAACUACUUUUUAAAAACAAACGAAGAAAGCCCGUACGGUUUAAAUGCGACGAAAGAUUUUAAACCGGUUUGCAACGCAUGACUAACCGACAAUUACAGUAAUGACUCGACAAAUUCACCAAAGGCCAAUGGAAGUGGUACGAUGAUUUACAGUUUGAGCAAAAUCACUCAAAUUCUAAUACUUUUACUGAUUUCCAUUAUUAUCAAAUGAACAAAAACCCAUUGUUUGUGUUUUCAUGCGAAUUUUGUUCAUUUUAAAAAAUCAUAUACGUCUUUGGAUCAAAUAAAUACAAAAGAAAUUCGUGCGUCAUGAAAAUUGGUGGAAUUACCGAGUCAAUACUGUAAUUGGUGUUCAAAAAAAUAUGUAAUAUAAAAACUGCAUUUUGAUUUUUGAUUUGAAUUGUUAAACGAUUUCAAUAAAUUCGCCAUAUUUCACUUUAAUAAAGAUAAUUCACAUUGGUAUAACUAGA